UAUUCAGCUGAAGGGGGCGGGGAAAAGGGAGAAGCGCUGCUGCUGGUAUGUAUAUUACUGGUCUCUGUGCUGACAGCUACAACUUGCCAUAAGUCAGUCGCAGUGCUGUGUGCGAUCCCUGAUUCAUCUCAAACGAGCUCACUCUCAGUUUUCCAAGUUUUGCAAGCUUGCCAGGAUUUAAUCAAGGAUGGAGAGCAAAAGGAGGGGUAUCUUGGAGCGACUGAAUGCUGGGGAGGUGGUUGUAGGAGAUGGAGGUUAUGUGAUGCAGCUUGAGCGACGUGGAUAUGUGAAGGCAGGACACUGGACACCUGAGGCAGCCGUUGAACAUCCUGAAGCAGUGCGGCAGCUGCACAGAGAGUUCCUGAGAGCAGGAGCCAAUGUGAUUCAGACGUUCACCUUCUACUGCAGUGAGGACAAGCUGGAGAUGAGCGGCAACGUCACCGACAUCACUGGGGCCCAGAUCAAUGAGGCAGCCUGUGACCUGGCGAGGGAGGUAGCCAAUGAGGGUGAUGCGUUGGUCGCUGGGGGCGUGUCCCAGACUCCCUGUUAUGUGAAGAGUCACAAUCAAACUGAGGUCAAGGCCAUCUUUAAGAAACAGAUGGAUGACUUCCUCAAGAAGGACAUUGAUUUCUUCAUUGCAGAGUUCUUUGAUCACGUGGAGGAGGCAGUGUGGGCAGUGGAGGUGCUAAAGACCAGCGGUAAAGCAGUGGGUGCAACACUGUGCAUCUCCCCUCAAGGAGACAUGCAGGGAGUCCCACCUGGAGAGUGUGCUGUCAGGCUGGUCAAAGCUGGAGCUGACAUUGUUGGAAUAAAUUGCCACCUGGACCCUCUGACGUGCAUUCGUACAGUGAAUUUGAUGAAAGAGGGAUUAGAGAGAGCUGGUCUCAAAGCACAUCUCAUGAUCCAGCCGCUGGGCUUUCACACACCUGAGUGCAACCACACUGGAUACGUCUCUCUACCUGAGUUCCCCUUUGCACUGGAGACCAGAGCAAUGACCCGCUGGGACAUCCAUAAAUAUGCCAGAGAGGCUUACAAUGCUGGAAUUCGUUACAUUGGUGGCUGCUGUGGAUUUGAGCCCUACCAUAUCAGAGCUAUAGCAGAAGAGGUGGCUGCAGAGAGAGGAUUCCUCCCACCAGCUUCAGAGAAGCACAGACUGUGGGGAGCUGCUCUGGAGAUGCACACUAAACCCUGGGUCAGAGCCAGGUCUCGUCGAGAGUACUGGGAAAACCUGUUGCCUGCUUCUGGACGUCCCAAAUGUCCCUCCAUGGCCACACCAGCUAAUUAAUAGGAGGGAGGAUAUCAUUAGCUGAAAUCAAACACAAUCACCUGUCUCUACUGUACAAUAUUCUGUAUAGCAACAGUACAACUAUGUCUUAUUCCUUACACAUCUAAUCAGAUGACAUCAAUACUGUAAUAGCAAAUAUACAUAAAACAAAGCUGGUAGUUUUAAUUAUCACUGCAUUUAUUAGUUGUAAAACAUCCUCACAGGCUCGUUAUAUUUCUUGUCAGAAUGCUGAAAUUUGCUGCUUUUUAUGUUUUCAUUAAAAAAUAUACAUUUUGUCCACUGUUUUUUCAAAUGUAAUGCUUUAUUUUUGUUAUUCCGGGAAAUUUUGAGCGUAAGUGAUAGCAUGGGGCAAAGUCUUCCUCUAUCACCCUGUCCCACACACGGCUCUUUUCAUGUUACUCAUUAUCAGCAUGGGAUUUAUACAUAACGCUGUAUCAGGGUCAGGUCAGGGUAACUCAGGACACAAAUAGCUGUCUACUGUAUCAGGGUAAAUGUUAGGUGAAGUAAGGACAGUUACCUAACCUUUACCUUGACUCAGCCAUAGUGAGGUAAUAAAAGUUUAUAUAAAGGCUAUGAAUAUGUAAAUAUGUAUAUAUGUUGCUACAGCACAUUUUAGAAAUUUUACAAAUUCAGUGACGGAGCAGGAGAAGCUGGAAUGUCUGCAAUCAAAGACCUUUUGCACAAUAUUAGAAGAUUAUUUGACAAUUUUAUCCUGAUUGUAGAGAUCACUUGUGUUGAAGGUUGUGCCACUUUGCAAAGAUGAUAGGUUCCACUGAGAUUUGAACUCAGAUCGCUGGAUUCAGAGUCCAGAGUGCUAACCAUUACACCAUGGAACCACACAUACCUUCCAAGUAGCUAAAAUUGAACACACAACUUCAGGUCCUAAGUCUCAAACUUUGAGUUUCAAGGCUGAAACAACUCAUAAUGUCCCCUUCACCAAACGUAAUGCCAUUUUAACAUCAGACUUAUAAUACAUUACAUUUACAAAAAUCAUAAAUGCUUUUUAAAAUUUCUAUUUAUUUGUGUAUUUGUUGGAAGUUGUUGCAGCUCCAUCUGUGAUUUUAGACCUUAAUGUUUUGCAUACUUCACGUUUGGUUUUUCUACACAACCAAAAUUGUUUUUGGUGUCUUGUUUUCUAACUGGCGCUCCGUAAUGUAACGUUGGUUCUUCAUGGUUCUUGCCUGAUACUUGGUUGGAUUGGUUCAAACAAAGUGGAUCUGGGGGAUUAAGUGUCGAGUUGCUGGGAAUGAAAAGUGUCAUCAUUAGCUGAUUCGGGAGAUGAAGGGACCUGAACUUACUUGUGGCACACUUUUUAAAUAACAUACUUUUUCAUCUUUGGGCUUGGAGAAAGUCUCAAGCUCUUUCAAGUCGAGGGGCUCCAGUCCAAGUGAAGUCACAAGUCAUUGGUGUUAUAGUUCAAGUUGAGUUGCAAGUCUCUCUGAUUUUGUCGAGUCUAGUCUAAAGUCAUCAAAUUUGUGACUCCAGUCUCCUCUAAACUCAGCCAGCCCUUUUCCUCUGUGAUCCCGAUGAACAAUACAAAGUAUGGCUGAGUUAGAAGUUUGAUGCAAGUUUUCUGUUAAAUUUUAACAACAAUUUGAGCAUCCGUCUUACUCAUACCAUUUCAUACCAAAUCUUUUCUUAAAAUGUUUAACUGCACUAGACAGCAUACAAAACCCCCACUCCCAAAAAGGAAAAAAACUACAAAGAUGUAGCCCACUACAAACCAGUGAUUAAAUUUGCUGUCAUUUGAUCAACUUAUGCAUUUGGAUGAUGUGGAGUUUAUAUAUAAAAAGUAUUUUAAAAUGUUUUUGUCUUAUUUACUGUUGUUUUAAAUCUUGUCAUCACCAAGAAAGGGAGAACAGUGUCAAGCAUACUCCUGCAGAGUUGCUUUGCUUCAUGCAUGUAAAAUUCAAGUACAUAAAU